UGCCACGUCGCUCUCCGGCGGAUAAAACUCUCUGAAGCUCCCACUAUCUUUCACAGAGCUCAAAAAGCCUCUCAAACCCACUACUCUACUUAUCUCCGAAUGUCCUUUAACGCCUCCCUGAUAAGAGCCUAGCUCUCUUCCUUCAUCUAUCAAACAACAAAAUGGAUGGCUUCUCUCUCACCCUUACUACCCACACCCCUUUCUUUACUAACCGAACUCGUUUUCCUUCACUUUCAAGAACACCAAUCCCACUUUUCCCUCCAAAAACCAACUUUAUUGUUCUCAGCUCCAAAGAUGACCCAAAGCUCGACCCUUUGGACCAAAUGGAGCUCAAGUUUGGUCGCAUGAUUGGUGAAGACCCAAAACUCACACUUGCCAAGAUAUUGGGUAGGAAAGCAAACCCAGAAGCUAGUUAUAUGGAUAUAGAGAAGAGCUUUUACAAGAACAAGGGUAAGAUAGUUGAGAUAAAGGAGGUACCUUUUGGUGUACCCAAGAAUGCUGAGGCAGAUAAACCCUUGGAGGGUUUGGAAUUGGGUAGACCUGUGGUGCCAAAGAAAGUUAAGUCAUCUCCUUUGGAUGGUUUGAACUUGGCUCGGCCGGUGCCGAAGAAAGGAGUUAAAUUUGAGGUUGAUGAUAAGCCAAGAGGUUCUGAGGUUAGGAAAUUGAGUCGACCUGUUGCACCCAAGGCUGUGGAGAGUAGUAAGGGGAGUGUUCCUAAUGUUAUUUUGAGGAAGCCAAGUCUGUUUAGUGAGGAUGAUGUUGAUGACACAAGGCCUAGGCUGAGGAUUAAACCGAAUUUGUCAUUGAAGAUGAGGAUUGAGCAGCCCAAGGAGCAGUUUAGUGAUAUGACAUUGUUGAGAAAACCUGAACCGGUGAUUGUUGAUGACAGUAGUGAAAAGAAACAAGAGGAAUCAUCGAGUAAUGUAGGUAGCAAUGUUACUGGUGAUGUGGCAUUGUUGAGGAAACCCAAGGUGGAGAAUGUAAAUGGAAGUAGUGAAAUGAAACUAGACCAAUUUAGUAGUGUAGAUACAAAAGUUAUUGGUGAAGCAGAAAUGGAGAUGUUGAAUGAAGAAAUCAAUAAUGAAGUUACUGGUUUCACUCUACUGGAAAAGCCCAAAUCACUGAGUAUUGAAAAAGGAGUUGAAAUUGAUGAUGAGGAAAUUGAGCAAAAAAAAUCUACUGUUAUUGAUGAUACUGAGAAUAAUGUCUCGAAAGAUUUAUCUGAGGUUACUGCUUCAAGCAGUAUAAGAAGACCCAGUCUCGGAGAAUCCAUCGAUGGCACACUUACAGAGAUUCCCAGCCAAACAGAUGAUUACCCUAUAGGAUUACAGCCACAUAAGCAGAGCUCUGUGGUGUCCAGUAAGGAAAUUGCUGAGGAUCAAAUGUCUAGUACAAGUGCACCUGUUUCUAAUGUUGAACUUUCUGUAGAUGCUGCUCUACAAGGAAAACCAAAACGGUUGGACCAACCCGUGAAAGAGGCACCUGCGAAUACAGAAAGUAUUGCUGUUGAGCUUGAAAAUCCUCUUUCUACAUCUCCCAGUGGGCAUGAAGAUGAUGAUUGGAUUGCAGCUGAAGAAUUGGUAAAGAGCGGAAAUAGGGGAGACGUAGAACUUAUAAGUGCCAGCACCAGAGGUUUUGUUGUUUCUUUUCGCUCUUUAGUAGGUUUUCUGCCAUACCGUAAUCUGGCUUUCAAGUGGAAAUUCUUAGCUUUUGAGUCAUGGCUAAGACGAAAGGGUUUAGAUCCGUCCUUGUACAGGCGAAAUCUUGGAGUUAUUGGAAGCUAUGAUGUCACAAACAAGAUCAAUCCAAACCUAGAAAAUGAUGCUAUAGUAAUUAAAAAUGAGGGAGAAGUUACACCGGAUAUGAAACUGGAAGAACUUCUUGGGAUAUAUGACCAAGAAAAAAUCAAAUUCUUGUCAUCAUUUGUUGGCCAGAAAGUCAAGGUAAAUGUGGUAUUGGCCAACAAAAAAUCUGGGAAACUUGUAUUUUCAGUGAAGCCAAAAGAGAAGGAAGAGUCAAUCGAGAGAAAAAGAAGUCUCAUGGCAAAACUUCAAGUUGGCGAUGUCGUUAAAUGCUGCAUCAAGAAAAUUACUUAUUUUGGUGUUUUUGUUGAGGUUGAAGGAGUGCCUGCACUAAUCCAUCAGACUGAAAUAUCUUGGGAUGCCACUUUGGAUCCUUCUUCUUACUUUAAAGUUGGACAGAUUGUCGAGGCAAAAGUUUACCAGCUGGAUUUUGCACUUGAACGUAUCUUCUUGUCAUUGAAAGAGAUUAUGCCAGAUCCAUUGAUGGAGACAUUGGAGUCUGUGGUUGGUGAUAAUGAGAUCCUGGAUGGGAGAUUAAAAGCAGCAGAAGCAGAUACCAAGUGGGACGAUGUAGAAUCUCUAAUUAAAGAGCUGGAACAGACUGAAGGAAUCCAGUCUGUAUCAAAAGGUCGUUUUUUCUUGAGCCCAGGAUUAGCUCCAACAUUUCAGGUUUAUAUGGCGUCCAUGUUUGAGAAUCAGUACAAGUUACUUGCUCGGUCUGAAAAUAAAGUUCAAGAGGUAAUAGUUCAAACAUCACUGGACAAAGAAGAGAUGAAAUCUGUGAUUCUAAGAUGUACCAGCAGAGUAGGCUAGUCCUUUCUUGUUUUCUAAAUCGUAAGCUUCAAGAACGCAGGUUCAAGACCAGUAUCAUGAGAAAUUUUUGUAAAAUGUAGAAACAGCAGAUGGUGAGGAUCAAAAUUGUAAUAUCCUACGGGUUGUACAGACAAAAGGCUUCUGUAAAUCCUCCAUGCUUUAUGAAAAAUCACAACCAAUACAGGUAAUUCAUAACACCACGAAUUACUGAAGUUAAAGUUGUUAGUC